GAUGCUCUCAUCCUAAUGUGGCAGCAAUGUCACAUUAUAAAUACCACUGGAUAUCCUGAAACCAUCCACAACCAAGAUACAAAAAAUAGAGAGAGAGAGAGAGAGAGAGCAAAGAUGAAGUUUGGGAAGGAAUUAGCUUCCCAGAUGGUGCAAGAAUGGCAGGGAGCAUACCUGGAUUACAACACUCUCAAGAGGCUGCUGAAAGAUCUGCUGAUAUACAGGAAGCAGAAAGGAAUCUCCACCUACUCCGGUCAUUCGGGCCGGGUACGCUCCCUCAAGAGGAAGCAAAGCUUGUACAGGGCGUUCAGCGGGCUGACAGGCCGCUACCGGGGAGGAUCACCGAAGAUUAAGGAUGACGACAAUGAAGAACAACCAAUACUAGUGAAUGCAGUGAAGGAGGAAGAGGAGGAAGGAACAGAGAGUUAUUACCAGACCAUGUUCUUGAGACUGAACGAGAAAGGCGGGGAGCAGGAGCUCGUCUUCUUUAGGAGACUUGAUGAAGAAUUCAAUAAAGUGCUCAAAUUCUACCGCGAGAAAGUUCAGGCGGUGAAAACUGAGGCAGAGGGACUGAGCAAGCAGAUGGAUGCACUCAUUGCUUUGAGGAUUACAGUGGAUAAGCCUUGCGUAUCCUUGCUGCAGCACUUUGGACCUGAGGUUAUGGCGGCUGCACCUAGUCCUCGAAACUCUUCGCCUGCAAGCAUUACAGCAUCAGUGAAUGAUGAAAAUCAAGGAGUUCAAAGAAUGGAGGUGAUUCAAGAAGUUGAGAUGAUCAGUGAAGACAUAGAUGAAAUCUCCGAAGCUGAGAAGGAGGAGAAGAAGGAUAAGAUGGUCAGAUUCAGGCCAGCACCUCUGGAAAUUUUGAGUGCUGUAAGGAUCAAUAUUGAUCCAGAAACACCGGUUUCGACUCUAAGGAAUGUUUUAGGGAGUUCCAAAUCCGAGCUUUCGUUCAGCAAGGAAGAGCUGAGGAAAGCAGAGGAAAGAUUAGGGAAGGCGUUCGUUGGAUUCUACCAACAGCUUCGACUUCUGAAGAGCUACUGCUUCCUGAACAUGCUAGCAGUCUCCAAGAUAAUGAAGAAAUACGACAAGAUCACUUCAAGGGGUGCUUCAAAAUCCUACUUACAGAUGGUGGACAAAUCAGAUCUUGGGACUUCUGAUGAGGUCAACAAGCUUAUAGAAAGAACAGAAGCCACAUUCAUUAAGCACUUUGCAAAUGGAAACCGUAGAAAAGGAAUGAAAACUUUGAGGCCGGAACACAGGCAACAAAAGCACAGAAAUACGUUUUUCCUAGGUCUGUAUACUGGCUGCUCAAUAGCGCUGAUGGCUGCAAUAACUGUUGUUGCUCGCCUCCGGAACCUUCAUCAUCAUGAAGGCAGGGAUCAGUACAUGGAGAACGUCUUCCCACUCUACAGCCUGUUUGCGUAUAUUGUCUUCCACAUGUUCAUGUAUGGUUCAAACACGUACCUGUGGAGGCGAUACCGGGUGAAUUAUCCAUUUAUUUUUGGAUUCAGACCAGGAACUGAAUUAGGCUUUAGAGAAGUCUUACUUAUAGCAAGCGGCCUCUCGGUCCUUGCAUUAUCUGCUGUGCUUUCAAACCUGGACAUGGAGAUGGACGAAAGGACAGGAAAUUUCAAAGUAUUUAAGGAAUUGAUUCCCCUAAUCUUAGUCAUUGCAGUGCUUCUCAUAACCUUUUGUCCUUUCAACAUCGUUUACCGCUCAAGUCGCUUCUUUCUCCUUCGAUGUGCAUGGCACUGUUUUUGUGCUCCACUUUACAAGGUAACCUUGCCUGAUUUCUUCCUGGCAGACCAGUUAACAAGCCAGGUUCAGGCUUUCAGAAGUUUGCAAUUUUAUGUCUGCUACUAUGGAUGGGGAGACUUCAAGAGGAGAACGAACAAGUGCGCUUCUAUGUCUUCCUAUGAAGCUCUACUCUUUGUCGUUGCCAUCAUUCCAUUUUGGGCGCGUUUUCUUCAGUGCCUUCGUCGGUUAUUUGAGGAGAAAGAUUCAAUGCAAGGCUAUAAUGCUCUGAAGUACUUCUCUACUAUUGUGGCACUUGUGAUGAGGACAUUGUAUGAUCUUAAAAGAAUAACAUUUUGGAGAAUCAUGGCUGCAUCAACCUCAGGGAUUACCACGAUAUACAGUACAUACUGGGACAUUGUCAUUGACUGGGGUCUCCUGCAAAAGAAAUCAAAGAAUCCAUGGCUGAGAGAUAAGCUGUUGAUAUCAAACAAGGCCGUGUAUUAUAUAGCCAUAGUGGCAAACAUCCUUCUGAGACUUGUAUGGAUGCAGCUGGUUCUGAAUUUAAAGGAAACAGCAUUUCUACAUAAGAAUGCCAUGGUUGCAGUUGUCGCCUGCUUGGAGAUUCUACGCCGUGGCAUUUGGAACUUCUUCAGGUUGGAGAACGAACACUACAACAAUGUCGGAAAGUAUCGUGCAUUCAAAUCUGUACCCCUGCCAUUUCACUACGAAGAUGAAAAGAUUUUGUGAGACAAUGUAAGUUAUUUCCAAAGAUGUAAUCUGUAGCCUUUAAACGAUAAACUUGCAAUACUGUCAAGAAGUUACAGUCUUCCGGCUGAUUUUGGCACUACCUAUUUCCCACGUAGUCCUGUAUUUUAGAAGCUAUUCAGAGGAUAUAUGUAACAUCCAAAAUACAACAUUUACAGUUUAUUCUUAGCAUUAGAUGAUGUAAGUUAUUUUCAAAGAUGUAAUCUGUAGCCUUUGAACAUAAACAUGCAAUUCUGUCAAGAAGUUACAAUCUUGUGGUAGAUUUCCCA